CUGCAACCGAGUUCAAAGGUUAAAACCAAAACGUUCCAAACGCGCAAAUAUUUAAUGUCACUGUAUCAACUUUUUUAACAUUAUCAGACAUGGCAGCAACUAAAGAGCUUUUACAAAUGGACCUCUAUGGCCUACUUGAAGUUGAUGAGAGAGCGUCCUCAAAAGCCAUUAAGAAAGCGUACAGACAGAAAGCACUGAAGUGCCAUCCAGACAAGAACCCUGACAACCCCAAAGCAGCGGACCUCUUCCACCAGCUCUCACAGGCUUUAGAGGUCCUGACUGAUGCCGCAGCUCGAGCUGCUUAUGAUAAGGUCCGAGCAGCAAAGAGGCAAGCGGAGGAGAGGACACGCCGACUCGACGACAAGCGCAAGAAAAUCAAACUCGACUUGGAGGCCCGUGAAAGACAAGCUGAGUACCAGCAUGCAGAUGAGGUCAAAGUCACACGAACACUGGAAGAGGAGAUCGCUCGGUUAAGAGAAGAAGGCUCGAGACAACUCCAGGAGGAGCAGAGAAUCAUUCAAGAGCAGGUUGAGCGAGAGAAAAAGGCCAGACUUCACACAGAUUGUUCUCACACAGUUGCCGUAGAUGGUGGUGCAGGAUGUGGCAGCGGGACCCCGAAACUAAAACUGAAGUGGAAGAGUAAAAAAGAAGAUGAGAAUAAUGGCGGCUAUUCACAAGAGUUUCUGCUUAGCCUACUCAAAAAGUACGGAGAUGUGCUGAAUGUUCUCAUAUCGACUAAGAAGAAAGGGAGUGCUGUGGUGGAGUUUGCAUCUACUAAAGCCGCUGACUUGGCGUUUAAGAAUGAGAGUGGCCUUAUGGGAAACCCGCUGAAAAUCUCGUGGCUUGAAGGACAGCCUGAAGCUCCACCCGUGACCACACACACUUCAGACCCCGGCAGCAUGUUCACACAGGCCUCCCUGACCUCCGGUCGUGACUACGAGAGCCUGGUGCUGAUGAGGAUGCGCCAGGCAGCAGAGCGACAGAGACUCAUCGAUGAAAUGCAGAAGGAAGACGACGACGACGAGGAGGCAGCGGCCACCAGUACCAAAGCCAAGGCAAAAGCCUGACCUUAACACUGGAUCCCAUUGGGCCCCUUGGGACAUAAACCAGUAUCAGGGUGCUUGAUUGGUCAAUUGGAGUCUUGCUCCAAUCAGUACGAGCGGUGAUUUUGUUUGGAGAAGAUGUUUGGACGUGGCAAAUUGUUCAGUAAAUAUUGUGAGACUGGGAUCUCCAUUGCUUUAGUUUCAUAAAGCCAUGUUGCUCAGUUUAUGGACAAUUUAAAUGUGUAUUUUUAUUGUAAUUUAGGUUGUGGGAAUGGAAUAAAUGUUUUUUUUUUAUUUCUAGAAGUGUCUGUGCUGUGUUUUUCUGACUCGUGAUUAUACACUGUGUGCACAAUUAUUAGGCAAGUUGUAUUUUUGAGGAUUCCUUUUAUUAUUGAACAAAUACAGUGCUCUCUGUCAAUCCAAAAUGUCAAUAAACCUCAAACCUGAAUAUUAUAGAAAGUAAAAGUGAGGUUUUUAGGAGAAUAUCUAUGUGCACAAUUAUUGGGCAACUAUUAGUGUGCAGAAUUAUUAUGCAACUAAAUGAAAAACGAAUUUUUUUCCCAUCUCACUUGUUUAUUUCCAUCUGUUAAAGUGAGAAUAAUAAACAAACAACUCAAAAUUUA